UUUUAGUAGGUUCCAGCGAGCCACAAUGGCAACGCAAUCUUAUCUUCUGAGUCUGAACACUUUUCAUGUUGACGCUGGAAUCAGAGGACGGCAAUGCAAACCCUCAAUAUUCAAACCCAACAAUUUUCGCUUUGGCGUCUUGAAAAGUUCAAAGUAUCCCACUAAAAGAAAUGGCAACUCUCCAGUCGUGGAAUGUUGCUUACAAUACAUUGGAGAAUCUGCAGGCAUAGCAAUAUCAUCACUAUCGGAUGCAGUUACCAGGAAGAUAUCUCUUAAUUCAGAUCUACUCUGGAAAACUCUGAGGCUGAGCAUACCAGAAACUUCACGUGGUUCCAAAGAUCCGAUGACAAGAUUGGUUCUUGGUGAUCUGGACCCUGCAACAGCAAAGCUGGCCAUUGGGUUCCUAGGUCCCUUCCUAUCGGUGUUUGGUUUUCUCUUUAUCUUGAGAAUAGUCAUGUCUUGGUACCCAAAACUCCCAGUGGGAAAAUUUCCAUAUGUAAUAGCCUAUGCUCCCACUGAGCCACUCCUCAUUCCUACCCGCAAAGUGAUUCCUCCUCUUGCUGGUGUGGACGUGACUCCUGUGGUGUGGUUUGGAUUGAUAAGUUUUCUUAACGAAAUAUUAGUAGGGCCACAAGGAUUACUAGUUCUCCUUUCCCAGCAAGUCAAUUAGCUUACACUUUUGAAAUUUAUGAAUGACGUAAUUUCUUCCUCA